AUGGCGUCCAUCACCACAGUGAGUGACCGUGCCAAGAUGCAGAACCGCCCCGAUGAGUGGAAGAUUGAGCAGGGUAUGUCCGGGGCGCAAUUGCCUGUCUUGGACAUGACCGGGUCGGAGAUCAAGGCCAUUCCGCCUGCCGGACCGCCGAAAGAUUUCAAAGAUGAGGAAGCCAUCAAGGCGGUAGGCGACCCGAACGAACUCUUCCAGAUGGAGCGCACCGGCUGGAAAGGAUACGUUGAGUGGGAGGAGUAUCCCGAGAAAAAGGCAGCCGCGCACAAAAUCUUGACCUUUCCUGGGGCACCCGAGUACCAGAUGACCGAGAUCCCAGGGAAGAACCCGCUGCUCGAUGGGGAUCGCUGGAAGAUGUGGCACCACGCAAUUGGCGGCGAACUCACUGUGGUGCCCGACGACUCAUGGAAGCUUGUGCUCGAGGAGAAGCAUCCAGACAUGCUGCACAUUCUCGGGUUUCCUUACAACGGGGAGCCGCCCAAGCGGCUCGUCACGAGCAAGCCCAUCACGCCCAACCCACUGCACUUUGUGCGCAACCACGGCGGGAUCCCCAUCAUCGAGAAGGAGAACUACAGCUUCCGCGUCGACGGGCUCGUCUCCCUCCCCGCCACCUUUACGCUGGAUGACUUGAUGGACGAAACCCGGUUUCCGCGCAUGAAGAAGCACAUCACCAUGCAGUGCUCCGGCACGCGGCGGAUCGAGCAGAUUACCCGAUAUCCCGGUCAAGGCGACGAGCUGCCCCAAGCACCCUGGGCAGAGGGUGCCAUCGGUACCGCCGAGUAUGAGGGCGUGAGCCUGAAAAAGGUCAUUAAGGCCUGCGGCGGACUCGUUAACGGCGGCAAGCACCUCGAGUUCUUUGGGGCAGAUACUUACUUCAAGGAAAAUGAGUGCAUGAAUUACCGCGUGAGCGUCCCGUGGGCGAAAGUCAAGGCCAACGAGGUAAUGCUGGCAUGGAACAUGAACGGCGAGCCCCUGCCGAGGAUUCAUGGCUACCCGCUCCGCAUCGUCGUAUUUGGCUACAUUGGUGCGCGCAGUGUGAAGUGGCUCUAUCGCGUCCAGGCCAUCACUGCACCCACGCGAGCACCAGUGCAGAGCAAGGAGUAUCUCUACUUUGCCCAGCAAGUCGGCAAGUACAACUUCCGCCUGACCGACGGUAUCCAGAUCCAGGAGAUGCCGGUCAGUUCAGCGAUCAUGUCUCCAUGGACCAAACAGGUGGUAAUCCACGAGGGCAGCAUUCACUGUAAAGGCUGGGCGUAUUCCGGAGGUGGGCGCUGGCCCGAACGCGUUGAACUCUCUGCUGAUGGGGGUUUCAGCUGGUACACGGUCCCGCCGGAGAACCUCUCGAAGAAGCGCAAGUGGACGUGGCGAUGGAUCGACGUCCUGGUUCGGUGCUGGGACAAUGCGCUCAACACGCAAGUCCCAGAUGUCCGAACGGCCUGGAACUGGGGGCUGCAUGUGACCAGCUCUUGCCACACCAUCAAUGUGUACAGUGUCAACAAGAAGCAUCCAGCUACCCGCGCCCGCCUGGAAGACAUGGAGAAGAACAAGGUACCGCUGGCGCCCAUCACAGUUCCCUUGAGCAUUCCCGCGCAGUCAUGGGACGACUACGAAAAGUUUUGGAAGAAGCACGAUCCGCGUGAUGCGGAGGACGAUUGA